AUGAGCAAUAUAAGUCCUCAAAGAAAAUCAAAUUUCAAUGUUGGAGAAGAUUAUGAAGUUAUAGACGCUGUAGGAGAAGGAUCUUACGGAGUUGUUUGUUCGGCUCUACAUAAACCAACCGGUCAAAACGUUGCCAUCAAAAAAAUAACUCCUUUUGACCAUUCCAUGUUUUGUUUGCGUACGCUUAGAGAAAUAAAACUUUUAAAAUAUUUUAAUCACGAAAAUAUUAUUGCUAUUUUAGAUAUUGUGAAGCCAGAAAGUUUUGACAAAUUUACUGAAGUUUAUCUUAUCCAAGAACUCAUGGAAACUGAUAUGCAUCGAGUAAUUCGAACACAAAAUUUGAGUGAUGAUCAUUGUCAGUACUUUAUUUAUCAGGCAUUUCGUGGUUUGAAAGCAUUACAUUCUGCUAAUGUACUUCAUCGCGAUUUGAAGCCAAGUAAUCUUUUAUUGAAUGCUAAUUGUGAUUUAAAGAUAUGUGAUUUUGGACUUGCAAGAAGUGCAAAUUCUAGUGAUGAACAUAAUGGAUUUAUGACAGAAUAUGUUGCUACAAGAUGGUAUCGUGCGCCUGAAAUUAUGUUAACAUUUAAAGAAUACACCAAAGCAAUUGACAUUUGGUCUGUUGAUAAUCACCAGCUCGCUUUAAUUCUUAAUGUUCUUGGAACACCAACAAUGGAAGAUUUUUAUGGAAUUAAAAGUCGAAGGGCACGUGAUUAUAUUAGAAGUUUACCAUUUAAAAAACGAGUUCCAUUUUCUCAUAUGCUUCCUAAUGCAAACCCAUUGGCUAUAAAUAUGUUGGAGAAGUUGUUAACUUUUAACCCUUCAAAAAGAAUCACCGCUGAAGAUGCCUUAAAACAUCCAUAUUUGGAAUUUUAUCAUGAUAUUGAAGAUGAACCAAAUGCUGACCCAAUUCCCAAAUCUUUCUUUGAUUUUGAUAAACACAAAGAUCAAUUGACCAAAGAACAAUUAAAACAACUUAUUUAUAGUGAAAUCAUGAAGCCAAUAUAA